GGCCAAGGGAAGCGGCUCCGCCUUGUUUGGUAAUUGGUACUCCAUUGUCGGAAAUCGGUCGCCGGCUCUGGUUUUGAGUUGCAGAAACCCUAGUCAAAUCAUGGAACCUCAAAACACAACUUCUGCCCAGCCGCCAGAUUCUCAUCAAACCCCUGGGAAUGAUGUGAAACAGAGGUCCAGGGAUCAAAGACAAGCUUUGCCAGGGGAACCUAAAUGCGUUGUAUGUGGUCGCUAUGGUGAGUAUAUUUGUGAUGCAACAGAUGAAGAUAUUUGUAGCUUGGAAUGUAAGCAAAUUCUACUCUGCAGGGCCGUCGUUGCGCCCUCAGUCCCUCAAAGAUUACCUGCAACUGAUGAGUGCUUUUAUGUUAGAGAUUCUGAUGAGGAAUCAGGAUUUUCUUCUUUUACUGCUGAUCAGUUGGAAAAUCUUAGAAGGAAACUUCAAAUCCAUGUCAAGGGAGGUGUGCUUCCCGCUCCUGCGUUAGCAUUUUCUUCGUGUACUCUUCCUGAGAAGCUCCUUCAAAAUAUAGAAAGUGUGGGGUAUGACAUGCCAACACCUGUCCAGAUGCAAGCAAUCCCGGCUGCUUUGAUGAGAAAAAACUUGCUUGUUUCAGCGGACACUGGCUCUGGAAAAACUGCUUCCUAUCUGGUUCCUAUUGUUUCUCAGUGUGCAGUUUAUCGACGCCAACACUUUGCAAGUCAGAAAAAGCCAUUAGCGAUGGUUCUAACACCAACUAGGGAACUAUGUAUCCAAGUUGAAGAGCAAGCUAAGCUGCUUGGAAAAGGGUUGCCUUUCAAAACUGCACUUGUGGUUGGUGGUGAAGUUAUGGCUGGACAACUCUAUCGUGUUCAGCAAGGAGUAGAACUCAUCAUUGGGACACCUGGCAGGCUUAUUGACCUUUUGACAAAGCAUGAAAUUUCUUUAGAUGACGUAAUGGUAUUUGUUUUGGAUGAAGUAGACUGCAUGCUUCAAAGGGGCUUCAGAGAUCAGGUAAUGCAGAUCUUCAGGGCUCUUUCCCAACCUCAGGUUCUGAUGUAUUCAGCGACAAUUUCACAAGAUGUAGAAAAGAUAGCUAGUUCCUUGGCUAAAGAUAUUAUCAGUCUCUCUGUUGGGAAGCCUAACAAACCGAAUAGUGCUGUGAAGCAGCUUGCUAUCUGGGUAGAGUCAAAGCAAAAGAAACAGAAGCUUUUUGACAUUUUGACAAGCAAGCAACAUUUUAUGCCACCUGUUGUGGUCUAUGUGGGUUCAAGACUAGGGGCAGAUCUCCUCUCCAAUGCGAUUACUGUCACCACUGGGGUAAAAGCUUUUUCAAUCCAUGGUGAGAAGACCAUGAAGGAGAGGAGAGAAAUUAUGAGGUCAUUUUUAGUUGGAGAGAUUUCUGUGCUUGUGUCAACUGGAGUUUUAGGUCGAGGUAUUGAUCUUUUCGGUGUUAGACAGGUCAUAGUGUUUGACAUGCCCAAUUCCAUUAAAGAGUAUGUCCAUCAGAUUGGUAGGGCAUCCAGAAUGGGGGGGGAGGGCAUGGCCUUUGUAUUUGUAAAUGAGGAGAAUAAGAAUUUGUUUCCGGAGUUGGUGGAAAGUUUAAAGUCUUCUGGAGCAGUUAUUCCCAAGGAACUUGUUAAUUCUCAGUAUACAGUUCAUCCUUUCUCCUUUGGAAAAGGCAACAGAAAGAGAAAACAUGGUUUCUGAAGUUUCAGCAGCAUUAUUGACUGGUCUGACUUUUAGUUAAGGAGAGCCUUGCAAAUAGACAUUGGCAUCAUCAUAGAUUAAAGCAACCUAAAGGUAAGAAGUUCUGCUUUCAUUUAAACCUGUGCAGUAUCAGUCAAAUUUUGUUAGUCUAAUGCAGAUUUGAAGUUGUUGAUAAUUAUGCCACAAAUUGAUGCAUAAUUGCAGAUCUUUUGGGUUGAAGAAUGUGUUCUAUUGGAGCCAAGAAAAGAACAAGAGGUGUAUAAUUUAUAAGAUUGCUAGUUGUUGGAAAAGAUGAAAUGUAGAAAGAGAUGUAUUCUUCCUUUGAGCAGCCAUCUUAUUUUGGCUGCAUGUAAUAAUGGAUCAUGUGACUGUGUGAUGUUUAGUCUAAAGAACUUCACUUUUACAGAUUACAUGCACAAACAGACUCAGUAUUGGCAAUUAGCCAUGAUGCAUAACUUAAUUGUUUCCUCUGACUAACUAAUGACUAUCAGAUAUUUGCAGUUUUCAGCUUGGUUACUGAUUUUCACUUCUCAAAGUUUCAUUGUGCUAUUGUAAUAUGAUUGAUUUUGAUAUCACACCUUGCAAUUCCACAUCUAUAGAAUGCUAAUGUUACUCAUCCAGUUGUUUCUUUUGAUUAUUGCUGUUAGGAGCUGAGUAUUGUUUGGACUUGGAGUUCUUUAUGCAUACUUUCACUUCAUUAGGAAUGGAAUUCAGAUUUUAAGUGUUGGUGAAUAUUUUAGCUCAACUUCCUGGAGCAGUUAGUAGGAUACUGAGGAUGACCAGAUGAUUGCCACUGUAUUGUCAGAAGGGUAUGACAAGUUAGAUGGUGCAGUUGCUAGAUGUCUUUCUAACCUCCCUUCUAUUCAUGUGAGGCCUUGCUUUUUAUGUUUAAUUUAAUUCUCUUCAUCUAGAAUCUCCGUCUGCUUUAUAGAUUAAUAUCUCUUCAAUAUCCAGGCAGUUUUUAUUUUCAAACUGAUUAUUUCAUUUUAAGAUUUA